CCACCAUCAAGCCGCCCGCUCCUGGUCACCAUAGCAACCGGGACGAGCCAGCAUCCAGCUCUGCCGCACUGACUUCCCCAACCCCAGCUGAGAUGCAGCAGUGAGGACAAGAAGCGAGAGGCAGACACCCAGGAUCUAGGUCCUUCCUUGAUGCCCCGACUGUGAAUCCCUGGACCCUGGGAGAGAGUUGCGGAGAAGGGACAAGGGGGAGAAACGGCUGUACCUUGGAGCCUCCCGAUGCCGACCUCCGGUGGGGGGUCCAGCGGGAAGGUGGAGUGGGCAGCACUGAAGGUGUGUGCAGCCAUAGCCGCGGCAUCUGUACACUGAGGACCAACCGACUCUGGAGAGCAAGCAUCUGUUACCUAUCGAGGAGAUGCCCUUUGAAGCCCUAAUCGAUUAAUGUGACAGAAUCAAGUGGAUCAACAGUCAUCCCACUGCCCCCUUUGUUGGGGGGUGCUGAGAGUGGGGAAGCAUGGAGGACAGUAAGAACGAGACGAUGAAUCGCGCUCACGUCCUCUUUGACCGGUUUGUGCAGGCCACCACCUGCAAGGGGACCCUCAAGGCCUUCCAAGAGCUCUGUGACCACCUAGAACUGAAGCCUAAGGACUACCGCUCCUUUUAUCACAAGCUCAAGUCCAAGCUUAACUACUGGAAAGCCAAAGCGCUGUGGGCAAAGUUGGACAAGCGGGGCAGCCACAAAGACUACAAAAAGGGAAAAGCGUGCACUAACACCAAGUGUCUCAUCAUUGGAGCUGGGCCCUGUGGUCUCCGUACAGCCAUUGACUUAUCCUUAUUGGGAGCUAAAGUGGUCGUUAUUGAGAAACGAGAUGCCUUCUCCCGCAACAAUGUCUUGCAUCUCUGGCCAUUUACCAUACAUGAUCUGCGAGGUCUGGGUGCCAAGAAGUUCUAUGGCAAGUUCUGUGCUGGAGCUAUCGACCAUAUCAGUAUCCGUCAGCUUCAACUAAUACUUUUGAAAGUCGCCCUGAUCCUGGGCAUUGAGAUCCAUGUCAACGUGGAAUUCCAAGGUCUUGUACAGCCUCCUGAGGACCAAGAAAAUGAACGGAUAGGUUGGCGGGCACUGGUCCACCCCAAAACCCAUCCUGUGUCAGAAUAUGAAUUUGAAGUGAUCAUCGGAGGGGAUGGCCGUAGGAACACCUUGGAAGGAUUUCGCCGGAAGGAAUUUCGUGGCAAGCUGGCCAUUGCCAUUACAGCAAAUUUUAUUAACCGAAAUACAACAGCAGAAGCCAAAGUGGAAGAGAUCAGUGGAGUGGCUUUUAUAUUCAACCAAAAAUUUUUCCAGGAACUGAGGGAAGCCACAGGUAUCGACUUGGAGAAUAUUGUCUACUACAAAGAUGACACACACUAUUUUGUUAUGACAGCCAAAAAGCAGAGUUUGCUAGACAAAGGGGUGAUACUGCAUGACUACGCUGACACAGAGCUCUUGCUUUCCCGGGAGAAUGUGGACCAAGAGGCUCUGCUGAACUAUGCCAGGGAGGCGGCUGACUUCUCCACUCAGCAACAGCUGCCUUCUCUGGAUUUUGCCAUCAAUCACUAUGGGCAGCCUGAUGUGGCCAUGUUCGACUUCACUUGUAUGUACGCCUCUGAGAAUGCUGCCUUGGUGCGGGAGCAGAAUGGACACCCAUUACUAGUGGCCCUGGUUGGGGACAGCCUCCUGGAGCCUUUUUGGCCAAUGGGGACAGGAAUAGCCCGAGGAUUUCUAGCUGCUAUGGACUCAGCCUGGAUGGUACGAAGUUGGUCUCUAGGAACAAGCCCCUUGGAGGUCCUGGCCGAGAGAGAAAGCAUUUAUAGGUUGCUGCCUCAGACCACCCCUGAAAAUGUGAGUAAAAACUUCAGCCAAUACAGCAUUGACCCUGUCACCAGAUACCCCAACAUUAACGUCAACUUCCUCCGCCCGAGCCAGGUGCGCCAUUUAUAUGAUACUGGGGAAACAAAAGAUAUUCAUCUAGAAAUGGAGAACCUGGUGAAUUCCCGAACUACCCCAAAGUUGACUCGCAACGAGUCUGUAGCUCGUUCAAGCAAACUGCUGGGUUGGUGCCAAAGGCAGACAGAUGGCUAUGCAGGGGUAAAUGUGACAGAUCUCACUAUGUCUUGGAAAAGUGGACUGGCCUUAUGUGCGAUCAUCCAUAGGUACCGCCCUGAUCUGAUAGAUUUUGAUUCUUUGGAUGAGCAAAAUGUGGAGAAGAAUAACCAGCUGGCCUUUGAUAUUGCUGAGAAGGAACUGGGCAUUUCUCCCAUCAUGACAGGCAAAGAAAUGGCCUCGGUGGGGGAGCCUGACAAGCUUUCUAUGGUGAUGUACCUGACUCAGUUCUAUGAGAUGUUCAAGGACUCACUCCCAUCCAGUGAUGCCCUGGACCUGAAUGCCGAGGAGAAAGCAGUUCUUAUAGCCAGCACCAAAUCCCCCAUCUCCUUCCUCAGCAAACUUGGGCAGACCAUCUCUCGGAAGCGUUCUCCCAAGGAUAAAAAGGAAAAGGACUUGGAAGGUGCUGGAAAGAGGAGAAAGACCAGUCAAUCGGAAGAGGAGGAUGUGCCCCGUGGUUACAGAGGAGGAAGGCCCACACUGGUGAGCACCCUGACAGACAGGAGGAUGGAUGUGGCCCUUGGCAAUCAGAACAAAGUGAAGUACAUGGCGACCCAAUUGUUGGCCAAAUUUGAAGAGAAUGCACCCCCACAGUCCACUGGUAUGAGGAGACAGCCGACACAAGAGCGUGGGGUCAGCCAGCCGUCCUGCUGCCUACCUGAGCAGGGUCGCCCUGCUCCCAUCCCCCAGUGGAAACAGCGACGGGAAAAGGAGCGUUCUCGGACCUGCCCCAAAAAAGUGAUCACGCUCUCUCCUCCCCCUACUCCACCUCCCUGUCGGGCCCGUGGCAGCCAGCAGACAUACAGGGAUCUUGAUGCUGACAGCCGUGGCAAGCAGAGUCCCCAUCAGGAGAGGGCCCUGUCACCACGCGAGAAGCAGCCAGAGCCUGAACCUUCUCGUCGAUUUUUUGUUGACCAGUGGGAGCUUUCUGUUAGUCUCCGCUCCUCCAACCGCCCUGCCUCUCCCUCCUCUGACUCCCUCCGACAGAAGUAUAUAAAGAUGUACACGGGCGGAGUGAGCUCAUUGGCUGAGCAGAUAGCCAAUCAGCUUCAAAGGAAAGAACAGCCCAAAACCCUUCUAGACAAGAAGGAACUGGGCUCGAUAAAGAAGGAGUUCCCACAGAACUUGGGAGGCAGUGACACGUGCUAUUUCUGCCGGAAGCGGGUCUACGUGAUGGAGAGGCUGAGUGCUGAGGGCAAGUUCUUCCAUCGGAGCUGCUUCAAAUGCGAGUACUGCGCCACCACCCUGCGCCUCUCUGCCUAUGCCUAUGACAUCGAGGACGGUAAAUUCUACUGCAAACCACACUACUGUUAUCGACUCUCUGGCUCCGCACAGAGGAAGAGACCGGCAGUGGCUCCUCUCUCUGGAAAGGAAGCCAGAGAAGCCCUGCAGGAUGGCCCCACUGUGGACCCAAGUGGACGGGCCAGCGCCAUCGCCAGCCCUGCUGAGAGAACUCCAGGUUCAAGUGUGAAUGGUCUGGAAGAGCCUAGCAUUGCCAAGAGACUCAGGGGCACUCCUGAACGGAUCGAGCUGGAGAACUACCGCCUGUCUGUGAAACUGGCCGAGGAGCUGGAGGAGGUGCCCGAGGAGACACAGGCUGAGCACAACCUGAGCAGCGCGCUGGACAAAGGCGCAGAGGAAGAUGUGGCCAGCAGCAGUUCUGAGUCCGAGAUGGAGGAAGAGGAAGAGGAGGAGGAAGAGGAGCCCCCUCUGCCCCCCUCAGAUCUGGGCGGUGUUCCUUGGAAGGAGGCUGUGAGGAUCCAUGCUCUUCUGAAAGGAAAGAGUGAAGAGGAACUAGAGGCCUCAAAGAGCUACGGCCCUGGGAAUGAAGAGGAAGAGGAGGAAGAGGAAUAUGAGGAGGAGGAGGAGGAGGAAGAAUAUGAGGAGGAAGAGGAAGAAUCUAGUGAAGAAGGGGAGUACUGCCCCUGGGACAGAGAACUCCUGCAAGACCAGUGGCUCCAGCAGCUGUCAAAGGAAGAAGCUACGGGUACACGUAAAGUCGGGAGCCAGAGGCUACAGCAGAUCAUAAAUCCGGCCGACCCCUUGGAGAUCCAGGCUGAUGUGCACUGGACACAUAUUCGAGAGAAAGAGGAGGAGGAGCGAAUGGUACCAACCUCUGAGUCCUCCACUUCUAGAGUGCCUGACCUUCCCUCCAUACGCCGCGCAGCCGUGCAGGCCUGGCUGGAGACAGUCUCCGGAGUCCCAUUUGAUGAGAAUGACCUGGAGGAAGAUGUGGACUCGGAGCCGGCAGAGAUAGAAGGGGAGGCAGCGGAGAAUGGGGACACAGGGGACACUGGUGCUGAGCUGGAUGAUGCAGAUCAGCACUGGUCUGAUGAGAUCCCAUCGGAUGCUGAAACGGAGCUUCGCAUGCAGCACCAGGCAGCCGUGGAGGCAGAGCUGGAGCUGAGAGUAUCAGAAAACGAGGACGAACAACCUGCCCCCACACCAGGGCACCAGGAGAGAAGUCCUGCCCAGGUCCCCAGCCCUGCCCCGUCCCCAGAGGAGCAAGCUGGUCUGCUCUCCCCAGGCCACAGCCCUGUGGCAGAGGGGGCCCAAAUCCCACCUGUCUCUGUUGCUACCAAGGUGAAAUUGCCUGAGGACAGCCUUUUCCCUGAACCUUUGCUCCCCAAAGUGAAGCCCAAAGCAGAAGUGCCCACUGACCAGAGGGCUGUGCGCUCUCCUAUCCGAUUGCAGCCGGUGGCUCUGCCGGAAGCCAGGACACCUACCUCCUCAGUUAGCACACAGCGCCUGUCACCAUUGGCCACCUCCACCCCCACCACCACCCAGCUCCCCAUUUGCUCCCAGCCUCAGCCUUCCUCUGAGGCCACUGUCCCAUCCCCCACCAAGUCCCCCAUAUGUUUCCAGCCUGUUCCAGCCAAAACAGCCAUCCCUGUGGUUUCCCUCCCCUUGAAGAACCAAGGAGACACCAAGGAUAGACUGGGUAGCCCUCUAGCUGUGGAUGAGGCCCUGAAACGGAACGACCUGGUGGCAGAGUUCUGGAUGAAGAGCGCUGAGAUCCGCCGCAGCCUCGGGCUUACCCCUAUAGAUCGGAGCAAGGUGUCCGAGUCCAGCUUCCCCUCACCUACCUUUAAACCAGUGUCCCUAAAAUCCUAUUCAGUUGAGAAGUCUCCUCAGAGUGAGGGGCUCCAGCUUCUAAAACCUCCACCUGUUCCUAAGAGGCUAGGCCUGCCGAAGCCGGAUGGUGAACAGCCCUCCCUGCCAACCCCUAAGUCCCCAUCUGACAGAGAGCUGAAAAGCUCCCAUGAGGAGAAAAGAGAUCUGUCAAGCAGCUCUGGGCUGGGCCUUCAUGGGAGCUCCUCCAACAUGAAAACCUUGGGCAGCCAGAGCUUCAACACCUCGGACUCCACCAUGCUCACUCCACCUUCAAGCCCACCCCCACCCCCACCCCAGAAUGAGGAGCCUGCAACUCUUCGAAGGAAGCCAUAUCAGACUUAUGAGCAUAAGGAGACCAAGCCCAAGGCCUCAGUGAUACCACCCCCACCACCUGCCUCCUUUAUGCGGGGCCCCCGAGAGCCUGCCCAGCCCCCUCGAGAGGAGGUGCGGAAGUCGUUUGUGGAGAGUGUGGACGAGAUCCCCUUUGCCGAUGACGUGGAGGAUACCUAUGAUGACAAGACAGAGGACUCGAGUCUACAGGAGAAGUUCUUCACACCCCCUUCCUACUGGCCCCGCACGGAGAGGCCCCUCCACCCACCCCUAGCCAAGGAGAAUGGUAGGUUGCCUACUCUGGAGAGUGGGGUCCAACCACAGAAGAAGGGCCUGCCCGUAGUCUCUCCAGAAGCCAAGGAACUGGCUGAGGAGCGCAUGCGAGCCAGGGAGAAGUCUGUGAAGAGCCAAGCGUUGAGAGACGCUAUGGCCAAGCAGCUGAGUAGGAUGAAGGAGAUGGAGAUGGCAGCUGGGACCUCCAGGCCCCCAGGAGGCACCUCCCGCAAAGCUUCCUCAGUUCCCUCCAAAGGCAAAGAUCUCGGCCCCGAGUCCCCUAAACGCCCAGUUCUCAAAGGCCCCAGGGAGCCCACCCUGAAGCACGAAGCCACUAGUGAGGAGGUCCUCUCCCCACCAUCGGACUCAGGGGGCCCCGAUGGUUCAGUCACCUCAUCCGAGGGCUCCAGUGGGAAGAGCAAGAAGAGAUCGUCACUCUUCUCCCCCCGCAGAAACAAGAAAGAGAAGAAGUCCAAAGGUGAGGGCCGGCCCCCAGAAAAGCCCAGCCCAAACCUCCUGGAGGAAGCCACUGCCAAGCCCAAGUCCCUGUGGAAGUCAGUCUUUUCUGGGUACAAGAAGGACAAGAAGAAGAAGGGCGAUGACAAGUCCUGUUCCAGCACCCCUUCCAGCGGUGCCACUGUGGACUUGGGCAAGCAUAGGAUGUCUCCCAUUGUGAAAGCAGAGCUGCAGCUGCGGCGCCAGCUGAGCUUCUCGGAGGACUCGGACCUCUCCAGUGAUGACAUCCUCGAGAGGUCCUCCCAGAAGUCCAGGCGAGAGUCGAUUUAUGUACCACUCGCCUUGGCAUUCAGGAGAUCCUAUGCAUCAAAGCCAAGAACUUACACAGAGGAGGAACUGAACGCCAAGCUGACCCGGCGUGUGCAGAAGGCAGCUCGGAGACAGGCCAAGCAAGAGGAGCUGAAGCGGCUACACCGAGCCCAGAUUAUCCAGCGGCAGCUGGAGCAGGUGGAGGAGAAGCAGAGGCAGCUGGAGGAAAGAGGGGUUGCCGUGGAGAAGGCUCUCCGUGGUGAAGCAGACUAUUGGGGAGAGUCUUAUUACAGUGACCUCAUCGACUUGCAUCUGGGUGUUGAGCCCAGUGGCGGGACUCCACGGCGUAGACCUCUCUCCUUCUGCCCUUGCUGUGUCCAGGAAGGCAUGGGCAAGAAAGAUGACCCCAAGCUGAUGCAGGAGUGGUUCAAGUUGGUGCAAGAGAAAAAUGCCAUGGUGCGCUACGAGUCAGAGCUGAUGAUCUUUGCCCGGGAGCUGGAACUGGAAGACCGGCAGAGCCGACUGCAGCAGGAACUACGGGAGCGGAUGGCGAUAGAAGAUCACCUGAAAACUGAAGAGGAGUUGUCAGAGGAGAAGAAGAUCUUGAACGAGAUGCUGGAGGUGGUGGAACAGAGAGAUGCCCUUGUGGCCCUGCUCGAGGAGCAGCGACUCCGGGAAAAAGAAGAGGACAAGGACCUGGAGGCCGUCAUGCUGUCCAAGGGCUUCAGCCUGAACUGGUCCUGAGCUCCAGCUGUGUUCCGGCUGGCUGGUCUGUGGCAUCCACCUGACCCAGGCUGGGUUCUUCCAAACCACCCAGAUGGAAGAUCUCUCAGAAGGCCUGGCACCUCCUGGGAGUUUACAUGCAAAUGUCUAUGUGCCUCUUGAAAAGUGGGUCAAGGUCUAUGCUCUGGGGAACCCCAGGUGAAGAUGAUUAUCUCAGGUGGCUCAGCCUCCUUGGAAGGGGCCCACCCUGACUCCCUGCUCCAGAGAGAGAGAGGAAUAUUUGACACAUGAAGUGGGAAUAAAGAAAACCUGCCCGCUCCCCAGGGCUCCACGGUGGCUGGUGCUCCUUCUACAAGAGAAGACAAGAGAAGGAAUCUGCUUCCUGUCUGUCAAAACCACAGCCACCAGAGUGCACCUCCACGGAGUGGAGGGGGCGGCAAUCUUCUUCAUGCUUCCUGAAGCACCACCAAAGAAAUGAAGAGGACACCCCGGUCGGGGGGACAAGAUGGGAAGCAAGCCUGGGGAGGGGGACAGUGGCCCACAGGUGAGCACCUACCCCAGCAUCACAGGGGAAGCUGGAGAUGGGCUGGCUCCCGAAUUCAUGUUGCAAGUAAGGAGGACCCAGGAGGGGUCUGCUUCCUGACCCCUGCACCGCACACUGGACCCCUCAUGGCCAGAUGCCCCAGGCCUCUCUCUGGCUUUGACCUGAGGCCUGUGGACUGCUGCAUUCUGCUUUGAAUUCACAACAAUUUUCACACUGGAAAAUACUGACUUUGGGGGACAGGAUGAGGCCCUGCAUUUCUAGCCCCCAGUUGAUAGACAGGCGUCGUUACCGUUCAGCGCCUCACGUUGGGGUAGGAGAUUAUCUUUUUCCCUGACAUUUUUCCUGUGUUUGCACAUUGAGAUGAAGCUGUCAGCCUAGCAAGACGCUCAGCCGCUUCGGACCCUUUUUGUCAAUUAACUUAUUUUUUUAAUACUUGAAAAGAAGUAACUUCAUUUUUAUAUCUUUACUAGAAACACUGAUCACUUGGCACCCGGUGUGGGAGUGACGGGUGUGUCUGUCACGUCCUCCUACAUGGUCCCAUCCCGACCUGACUGAACACUGUCCCAGCUGUCUAUUUAUUAGCCUUCUUCAGAGUGUCACUGACCCAGUUGGCAUCAGGGAGCAGCUGAGACCCCUACGUGGGUUCUUGCUCCUAGCUCUCCUGUCCCCUCCUGUACUGGGUGUCCGCCCCUCCUCCUUCACCUAGCCCACCCUCACUGUGGUACCAAACUUCGUGUCUGCACCACUCAUUUGUCUAAGGGUACAUUUCAGCACUGUUUGGAGGCCAGGCCAAAGGGCACAGAUGCCACUCGCCUCUUCCUGUUGACCCUGGCUCUGAAGAACCCAUUUUUUUUCUCCGUUUUAGUGCCAGGGUUUCACCUCCCCUCAGCACAUUUAUUAUGAAAGGUGAGCCCUUUUCGAGGCUGGCAGUGUGUGCCGGGACAUUGUAAUCCAUCUGUCUUCUGAGAAUUCCCUCAGCCCAGCCUCAUAGACAACCAGACAGAGAUGCAGAUGUUGGAAUUGAGGUUGGUCUCUCACAGUUGACUCCACCCCAAACCUCCUGUGUAACCCUAUCUUCAUGGAAGGCCAGGGAUAAUGAACACCACGGAACUGGCUCCUUGAGUCAAACUGCUCAUUUCUCAUAGUUGAGCCGGAGACCGACAUCGUCCAGCUAGCUUACAGAGCCACAGUGGGGAAGACCUGGUGACUGAUAGGUAGUCAGCCCAGGGAGGGUUCCUGCCCAGGCGGGGCCAGUCCGGAAGGGGCCUUUGGCAGACUUCUGGUGGAGAGGGGCUGGUGGAGGGCAAAGAGCGGCCCGGCAGCUCUUCAGGGCAGCCUAGAUCAGGUGUCUGCACAAACCUUGGCACUUCCAUGGGAGCCCCACCAUGCCUCAACUUGAACCUUCAUUCCUAGUACAAAGGAGCAGAGAACCUGUCUCACUCUUCACUUUGUCCAAAAGCUGCCAUGGCUCUCCUGUGGAAAUGCAGGAGGGGUGCUGCUAGCAACCGUCACAGCUCUGACUCCUUCGCUUCCUGUUUUCCGAUGAGGUGGAGUGCCCGCGAUUAUUCUUAUUCUUAACAAGGCAAGAGGAGGGUGUUCUAGAUUCUCCCUUUAAACCUCAGCCUUCCAGUAAAAUUGAACUUGAGACAGGACUUUCAUCACCUGUGUGGCCUCGUCCCUAACCCUCUUCACCUCCUGAAUGCCACUGGAACUAGACCAGCCCCCCCGGAGAGCCGCCUCCAUCCCUUGAGGCUCUUGCAAACCCCAGAACAAGGCAGUGCUGUGCCAAGUGGCGGCUGCGGGAUAGGGCCGCAGGGAGAUGCUGUUAGUGGCCUCAUAUGGUGGGAACGCCACACGGGGCCGUGCGCCCCACUGCCGGCCGGGACAGUUAGCCUCUUAACACUCCUGCAUUCCUGUGAAGCACACACAGUGACCUGUGAUUACAGAAAAGGGACUGAAGACCUUCCAGAGAAGCUUCCAAAAUCCACAAGCCUCCAACAUGUGCCCUGGUUCUCCGCUCUCCACAGUGUUCCUUCCAGCUCUUGCAGCGCACCUUUCCUUUAAAGCUCCCGUUUUAUAACCACUAGUUUGCAGUUUAUUUUAGAAUCCUGGUGACAUGCUGCAUGAAAUGUUUUCCAACUCUGGAAACGCAUGCAGCUCCAGGCAACUGUUCUUCCCCAGAUUGAAGUCCCCUUAAAGGCAGUGGAUGCAGGAAAUGAAAUGCCAGAGCUUGAGUGAGCCCAAACACGAGGCCGAUACGAUGGGCAACCAGCUCCCCAUCACCAGAGGGAAGGCAGCAGGCAUCUAUCUCCAUUCCUGAGUCUGCGGGCCUCCGCGUGGGGUUCUCGCCCUGUUUGAGUGAUGUCUUUGGGCCUUUGCCCCCAGAAACCAUCUUCAGUUGCCUUUGACCAGCAAUGAUAGGUUAUUCUUUUUCAUUUCAGAAGAGAAGAAAUUUUUCAGUGGGGCAGGAGUUAGAGUUCAAAGGAAAACAUUUGAAAGGUGGUAAGAACCAAGCUGCAAAGGGGAAUGGGCCAUUUUCUGCGCAAUAAAAGUUUUUCAAAGAAA